AUGCAGGCUAACCACACCUAUCCGCAGAAACACGCUCAGCCCUGCCUCACGUGGGUAGUACACCCGGCAUGGCAGUUUGGGCAUCUGCUGGACUCCCUGCUAGAUGCUCUUAACAACAUCGAUUACACGGCCUACGGCUGCGCCACCUGCCUCUGUUCUCCUGGUAAGCACGGCGACAAGGGCGCCUGCCAAUGCCUGUCCCUCGUCGAAUGUGGCGAACCCCUGCCGACGCUCUACCGCUACGGAUUCACAUAUCGCAACGCCCACGUCCUGGUUGCCGGCAGCCGCAGGAUGCUCUCACUCUACAAGGACGACUACUUCGACGAUGACUUUCACUCCCUCCUUCAUCCCUCCUUUCACUGGAUUGAGGCUGCGGACGAAGCCGUCAAGGCGGCUAGGCAGAAGGCGGAAGAUGUACAUGGGAGGUUGAAUAAUGAUGAGUCUUCAGGGACCGUGAUUGGUAAAAAUAUUAAGCAAAUUAGGGACGCCAAGGACAAAGUUCAGAGUGUUGACGAUCAGUUGAAGAAUAUUCACACAGAUCUAGGUAACUGGAAAUCUGCGGCAAGCGGUGUGCUUGGCACAGCGCUUGGGAAGGCAAAAGAGGUGCGUGACAAGUUGGAUCCAGAUGGUAAGGAUCCAAUUGGUACGAACAUUAAAAGUAUUGAAGACGCUAAUAAUAGCAUCGUUGCUGCAAAUCAGACGCUUGACAAGCAAGUUCAGAGUUUAGAUGCUUGGAUCACCUCGGCGGAAGAAAUCCGUGCUGCGGCAGAGAAAAAGGCCAAGGAAGCCUACGACAAGUUGAAGGUUAAUAAGACUCUGGACAAAAAUGUUAAGUUAAUUGUGGAAGCUAAUAAGGCAAUUGAAAAGGUUCAUAAAAACCUGAAUGGUGUUCACGGAAGUUUGGGAGCGUGGAAUAAGGAGGCCGGGAAAGUGCUUCAAGGGGCGAUUGACAGGGCCAAGGAGGUUUAUAAUGAAUUGGAUAUAGAGACGAAUGGACAGAGCAAGACGUUGAAGGGUAAAAUUGAAGGAAUUGAAAAAGCUAGGACAGAGAUUCAGAGUGCAAAUUCACAACUUGCCGAUGAACUUGACAAUUUAGGUAAGUGGAAGUCUGCGGCCGGGAGCGUCAUUGACAUGGCGGAAAAGAAGUGUGACGAGAUACUUAAGAGGGUUGAUAAACAAGAUCCUGAAGGUAAGAUUUUUACGCAAGCUCAAGAGUUACAAAAGAAAGGUACAACACUUUUGCAGGCUGCGACUGAGGCUAAAAACAAAGUUGGACAGUAUGUCAAUGAGGCCUUGCAGGCUGUUGUGACCAUGGACCAAAGUCUUAAAAUGGAUUUGAGGACAGUGAGAGAGGAGAUUAAGAAAGGGAUUUCGCAGGUGAUUGAUACGUUGCAGGUUAAGACCUUGGAUAGUUUUGUGAAAAAGGAUUUGAAGGCGUUGAGAGAGAAGAUUGAGGGGCUUAAGGAUGGUACUCUCGCUAAUAGCCAGUUGGAAGCACUUAAGCAGUCAGCGCAGAAGAAGAGUCUGGAUGAACUUGCUGGUGACGAUGACGCUAAGUCAAUCGUGAGGCUGACGAAGGGACUUGACAAAAAGUUUAAGGACAGUAUCCAACAGCCGCUUAACAAUAAACUCCAACAAGUUGACCAGGCGAUUCAGACGCUUGGCGGGAAGUUUAGUCUAAGCGUGGACAAACAGAAUGUUCAAGGCAUUUUCGGGUAUAUUAAAGAAAAGGUAGGGGAGAUUAAGGGGACACCGGGGCAAAAUGGUAGAGGCGGAAAAGGUGUAGAUGGAAUCGUCGCCAGGUUUAAGGCGUACGUCACGGGUGUUGGGGAAAAUAUGAAAAAAGAAACUGGGACAGAUGGGACAGUGCACAGUUGGCUUGACAAGAUUCUGACGCACAAUGGCGUGGUAGUCUAUAGACUUGGAAAAUAUUUCGGGGAAAAUAAAGGUGGUCAGCUUAAUACUUAUUAUACUAAGCCGGCGCAAUUGCAUGCCCCGAUUAGGGACCAGACUAAGGCAAAGCUUAAGGAAGCCGGUGUUUAUGACGAAGCUAAGGGACAGCAUGAAAUCAAAAAUAAUGGCCCCCUUACCGAUAGGCUGGCUUCACUUAAGGAAUUCCUGGAGAAAUACGCCAGCGUGCUUGAUGGCAAAAUUAAUGUUGAUAACAAUACUUUUGUCACUGACUUAGUGUCGAAGAUUGAAGGAGCAGUUAAGAAUGGAAUCUCCACUAACAAUCAAAAUCUCAUUCCCACCGUAGAAGCCGUACUAGCCGCGCUCACCGCCGACGCCAGGCGGACCGCCGGGGAGAUAAAUUCGUUAUUGCUCAGCGACAACAGCGGAAACGUUGCAAAAAUGAUAGACAAUAUGCAGCAGAUUGUCAAUGACCUUGACACGAAUCUUAAAGCGGCAACAGACAAUUCCGGUCAAUCCGCCCCUCCCCACGGCCCAAAUGAAAGCCCCGCCCAAGCCGUUGACAGUAAGUUGGAGGAAGUGAAGACUGAGGUUAAAACGCUUAAUGACAAAUUUAAAACACAAGUCAAACAAGAUCUUCAAAAUGCAGUAGAUGAGCUUGAACCCGCCGUUGACACUUUCAACGGUGUCGCUGUGGACCAGAUCAAGGCUGCGGCCAGGACGGCGAUUGGGAAGGCGGCUGAGCAGAUUGGUAAGGAUGAUAACAUAGUGCUUGGUAAGACAAAUAAGCUCAUGGAGAAGUUCGAGGAAACCUUCACUCCGAUCAAAGACAGUCUCAAAAAGAAUCUUGAUGCACAAGUUGAGCGAGCACCUCAGAUAGGCAUUUUAUAG